AUGACCGAUUGGAAAGAUAUCAGUCUAUAUCGGAUCACUUUAUAUAUAAGAAGGUUUCAAAUAGCGUCUCCACAGACUGGAAAACCCUUUACGUUCGAACCCAUCUAUGAGAGUAAUCAUGCUGGAUGGAUUGGUCGAAAAAUUGGAGAUGUCAUUGAUGGAAUCGAUGUGGCGACUUCCUUCGAAGGAUAUCGUUUUAAAAUUUCUGGAGCGAGUGAUUCGACUGGAGUUCCUCAUCAACCAGGAAUUUGUCAAUACGGUCGAGUAAGGCUCCUCAAAAAACCAGGCUCAUUUGGCUAUCAAAGUUGGAGAGCUACACGAAAAAGAGCCAUGAAACGAAAAACAGUUCGAGGUGGAGCGAUUGAUAUUGGAACAAGAACUGUUUCACUCGUCAUUGUGAAGAAUGGACCAAACGCCAUUCCAGGACUGACGGGAACUCUUCCGAAAACAUUGGCACCCAAACGGGCAUCUAAAAUUCGUAAAUUAUUCAACUUGUCAAAAUUGGAUGAUGUGAGGAAGUAUGUAAUUAAGAGAAAGGCUAAAAUUUGUGGAAGUUUGGCUGAAAAGGGAGUGAAAAUUCAAAGACUUGUCACUCCAGAACGAAUACGAAGGAAACAGAAACGAAUUCGAGAAUCUAUGAAACGAGCCAUUAAGAGACAGCGAGAUCGAGAGAUGUAUGAGAAGAGCUUUCUACACAACAUGAGAUCUUCCUCAACAACAACAACAAGUCUUUAUUGA